AUGGCAUUAAAAAGAAUAACCAAAGAGCUUGUGGACUUGGACAGAGAUCCUCCAGCACAGUGCUCGGCCGGUCCGGUUGGCGAUGACCUAUUCCAAUGGCAGGCAACGAUUAUGGGUCCGACGGACAGUCCGUACCAGGGCGGUGUGUUCUUCUUGACCAUACAUUUCCCAACGGACUACCCGUUUAAACCACCCAAGGUGGCGUUCACUACACGGAUUUACCAUCCCAAUGUCAGCAGUAAUGGGUCGAUUUGUCUCGACAUUCUACGUUCGCAAUGGUCGCCUGCGCUAACAAUCUCGAAGGUGUUGCUGUCGAUCUGCUCCCUGCUGUGCGACCCAAAUCCGGACGAUCCAUUGGUGCCCGAGAUCGCCCGAAUGUACAAAACGGAUGCAGAGAAAUACAACGAGUUGGCUCGCGAAUGGACCAGAAAGUAUGCGAUGUGAUGCGUCCUAACUUCCAGUCACUGUCAGCAGCAUCAACCGCGGCAUCCGGAAAAACAAAAGCAGCAACGUCACGAAAGAAAAAAUCUCACAAAAU